UGCUCUAAGGAUUCUCUAGGGACUUACGAGCUAAUAAUGCUUAGGGAUUUCGUGACCUGAAGAACUCGUUAAUCCUGUGCUUCCAGAAUCUCAUUCUAAGCCAGGACCUUCUGUCACAUCCCAAGUUACAGGCAGUUUGAAAGCUCUGCUAAGCAACCAUUCCGCUGGGCCUUUGGGGAUCCCACGAGGUACUACUUAGGGGUUCUUCAGUAACUUUGACCAGGAUGUAUUUCCUUCUUGGCACUAUGCCCCGGGUAGUACUCUGAGGGUCUUUCUUUCUGAACAACAGCAUCAAGGCAAGCCACGCCAUGGGUGACAUCAGCCAAGAGGCCGUGGAGAAGUAUCUCGAGGACAACCCUCAGUUUGCCAAGGAGUACUUCGACAAGAAGCUGCGGGUGGCGGCGCCAGGAGAAACCUCUGAGCACAGCGGGGCCUUCCCGGGGCUGACAGCGGCGGAGGAGGCGGCCCUCUGCGCGGAGCUGCUGCUGCUGGUGCAGGAGGAGACGGGCAGCGCCGAGCUGACGGCGCACAGGGCCCUGCAACGGCUGGCGCAGCUGCUGGGGGCCGACCGCUGCAGCAUGUUCAUAUGCCGGGCCCGCAACGGCACCCCCGAGGUGGCCUCCAAGCUACUCGAUGUCACCGCGACCUCCAAGUUUGAGGACAACCUGGUGGUCCCUGACAGAGAAGCUGUGUUUCCAUUGGACAUCGGGAUAGUGGGUUGGGCGGCUCACACGAAGAAAGCCCUUAAUGUCCCAGAUGUGAAAAAGAACAGCCAUUUUUCUGACUUCAUGGACAAACAAACUGGGUAUGUCACCAGGAACCUGCUGGCAACCCCGAUCGUGAUGGGCAAGGAGGUUCUUGCUGUGAUUAUGGCAGUCAACAAAGUAAAUGCAUCUGAAUUUUCCAAGCAGGAUGAAGAGGUCUUUUCCAAAUACAUCAACUUUGUUUCUAUCAUCCUAAAGUUUCAUCAUACCAACUACUUGUACAGUAUUGAAUCCCGAAGAAGCCAGAUCCUUAUGUGGUCAGCCAAUAAGGUGUUUGAAGAGCUCACAGAUGUUGAGCGGCAGUUUCACAAAGCUCUCUACACUGUUAGAACGUACCUGAACUGUGAACGAUACUCCAUUGGACUGCUGGACAUGACCAAGGAGAAGGAGUUCUAUGAUGAAUGGCCAAUCAAGCUUGGAGAAGUUGAGCCUUAUAAAGGUCCAAAGACACCAGAUGGCAGAGAAAUCAUCUUUUAUAAAAUCAUUGAUUACAUUUUACAUGGAAAAGAAGAGAUCAAAGUGAUUCCGACACCUCCAGCAGACCACUGGACUCUCGUUAGCGGGUUGCCAACGUAUGUUGCUGAAAAUGGAUUUAUAUGUAACAUGCUGAAUGCCCCUGCAGACGAAUACUUCACUUUCCAGAAAGGACCUGUAGAUGAAACCGGUUGGGUCAUUAAAAACGUCUUGUCCCUGCCUAUCGUCAACAAGAAGGAAGACAUUGUGGGAGUGGCUACAUUUUACAACAGAAAGGAUGGAAAACCUUUUGAUGAGUAUGAUGAACACAUUACUGAGACGCUCACACAAUUUCUUGGAUGGUCUCUUUUAAAUACUGACACCUAUGAUAAAAUGAAUAAGCUAGAGAACAGAAAGGACAUAGCUCAGGAAAUGCUCAUGAGCCAGACCAAAGCUACUCCUGAUGAAAUCAAGUCUAUUUUGAAAUAUAAAGAGAAGCUAAAUGUAGAAGUAAUUGAAGACUGUGAAGAAAAACAACUUGUCACAAUUUUGGUAAGUGAGGAGUCGAAGCUUGAGAGGGCAAUGGCUGUGCCCAGGGGCCCAUCGCUCCCGAGCUGGGCUCUUGAGUGGGCCCGGCACUCUCCAUUACAGCACGCCCAGAAACCCAGCUCCCUAGGCGCCUCUGGCCCUGAUGCCGCCCAGCCCCUGGCAGCUGUCGGUACCCCUGGAGCCCUCCCUGGAGCUGCCAGCGGCCGCUGGCUGGUGAACACGUGCAGCACGGAGCAAACGCAGCUCUGA